AUGCACUUCCCUUUGGCACUUUUAUAUGCAUCGCUUAUGAUGGCGCCUGAGUGCACAAGUCUUCCAACAAUGGAUGAAUCCAUCGAAAAAAACAUUCACAGCAUCCUAAACAUCGUCAAAAUGACUCUUGUUCACAUUAAACUAAAGACCAAGUGGCAGGUGCUGUCACAGGUAGAGGUGAACUCUCCAACCAUUGACGGACUGACAGGCGUCAGUAAUGACCUGGGACUUUUAGAUGAGGAGCUGCAGAGCCUGUCCACAGAGGUCCUGAGCCAGAUCCAGGCGGACAUCUCCUGCUUGGAAGGACGAGUGCGCUCGCUCGCCUUAAUGAUGGACUGUCCCAUUCGGAACAAGCCCGGCGCACAGGCCAGGGAGCAUUUGUUUCCAAUCAGUCAACACUACGAGAUGCUGGCAAAGGUGCAGCACUACCUGGAGAACCUCCAUCUGAACAAGGACAAACUGAUGGUCUGUUGA